AUGAAAGUCUGCACUGCCAGGUAAGCUCCCUUUUCUCGCUGUGUUCUGUCACACCGUUUCCUUCUGCAUCCGCCAACACUCUCUCAAACACACAGGCACAGGAAGCAGAACUUCCACAUUCCAGUCUGUGUUGUAUGGAGCAGGGCACACCCAUCCAUGGCACAUAUAGUACAGUAGAGUGACGCCACAGAGCUGCUGCUGCUGCUCUCAGUGCUUUUGUGUUUCAUGUAAAUGACAGCUCUAUCACAGGAGCAACAGCUCACAAUAACGAUGACACCUGAAGGACUUGCCUUAUUUUGGGGAUUGUUCACUCUCCACAUGAUCCUUGUCACUGAAGGAAGCUCUGAGGGAUGUGGGUGUCCGGCAGCCACCAUUUUAACUCAAUUUCCCUCAAAUAUACCCAAUGACACAUGCUGCUUGAACUUUUCAGGAUCCACGUUCAACCAGGUGCAUUGGGCGUUUUUUUUGUCACAUACACUCCUGCAAGUUUUGGACCUGACUAACUGUAAUAUCAGCCACAUUGAUCACAGUGAAGUUAGAGAGAAAUCAUUGACUUCAUUGAGAGAGCUAUAUCUUAGCCAGAACAGAUUGUCAUCUCUUCCAGCUGAUUUCCUCUCCAAAGCCUAUAGUCUGGAAAUGCUGGACCUGGGAAUGAAUUAUCUGACGCAUCUACCCAAGCGAUUUCUGCAGAACUCUGAAAAUCUGCGGGUGUUGAUUCUUAGAUGGAACCGGCUGAGCUCUCUCCCAGGCUCGGUCUUUAAGCCUUCGCUACAACAUCUGGAGCUCUUUGAAAACCCCUGGGCUUGCACAUGCACACUGUGGGAGGGGCUCCAGGGUGGUCGACAUGAUAACUCCAGCGGUUUUCAGGGGCUUGUUGGUAAUCUGACCUGUGCCUCUCCUCAAAAUCUUGCAGGACGGAUGGUAUGGUCUUUGCAGACCAGGGACGUGUGCCACUUAGCCAACCUGACUGCUCUCUUCAUUAUUCUUCCCCUUCUCCUGCUCCUCAGUCUGGUGCUCUGCUGGUGCUGUGGCAGGAAGAAGAAAAGGAAAGAGACCUCAUCAUUUAGCCCAGCUCGCAAAAGGUCUAGCAACUCACAGUGCAAUGGACGGUGGCCACAUGCCAAACUGCCCACUGGACAGUCACCAGCAUCUGUAGACAAUGGAAAAGAGGUCAUACUGAGGAACCAGCUGAUGCUUCAGCCCUCAUCCACCCUGCUAGACAGUACUCGGGACAUCUAUGAGGAAGUGGAGAUUAAACUGGGCUCUGUGGACUCGCUGGCCCAUCCAUCGUCCACUUGCUCCACUGAAGGGACUGCAGUCAAGCAGGACCUGGACGCAGUUAGUGUGAGUGAUGUGAUGAAGGACUCAGCUGAUCGGGAGAAAGCUUACCUGAUCCAGUCCACUGAAUACUACAGUUUAGUACCAGGGAUUGAAAUUGAUGACUCUGACCAUGGAGAGUAUGAGAGUGUCGACCUCUCAUAACAUUAAAAGAACACCCUCAUUGUGUGCAUAGUGGAGAAACUCACAAAAAUUCUAUCAAGUACAGUGGAUUUUUGCACCGAUGCUAUUGUAUUGGACCACUGGCUAUCAUGUUUUGCCUUUGGUUGCAAUUAUUGAAUUACUGUACUGAUAAUGUGUCAAACCUGACUAAUCACACUGUGAAUUCGGCAACAGUAGGUAGAACGUUUUGCAACUGAAAUUGGUCUGUGCUGACUGAAAUUCAUAUCAAACCUCCAAGUGGCUGAAGCUGAAAAAUUUGUUGAACAGAUAAGCACGUGUGAGCUGCAAUUUCCAGGUGAAAUAUACACAGAGUGGUGCAACAGCAAGUAGUUUUUUUAGUUGUAAAUAAUGUAAUAAAUCAACAGGAAUGCAUAUUUUAUUAACCGUACCCCCUAACCCAAACUCCAACCCUAAACAUAACCGCAAAAUGUAAUUAUGUAAAAAUGUAAUUUUAGAGGGAAAUUGCAACAUCCAUAUAACGCUCACCAUUGUUUAUGCAAACAUGAUUACUUCCUGGUUCACUCGGGACCAGAAACCAUUGCUCUGAGGCUGCUUGGCAACACGCUAUCAGUAGCACUAGAUGGAAAUGUGAUCACUUUUGAAUUUAUACAGAAAUUUCUAAUGGGAAAUGGUGCUUGUCAGUAAUUCAGCUGAAUGGUGUUGCUUUCAGGGCACAUAAACAUUCAGAAGCAACGUGUCGAUUUCCCAUGUGAUCAUGUUUGUCAAACAGAGCUGUUUGUAGACUCAAUCAGUCUGUUGUCAAGAUAAGCUAUCAUAUAGCUGUCAUCUGGAUAUUUUCAUUAUAUUGAUAUACACACAUAUAUAUAUAUAUAUAUGUGUCCUCUUGUAUAAUUUUAUGCUUUAUAGUUUUUAAGCUUUAUUAUUAGCAUUACUGUAUUAUUAAUUACUUUUUUUACUUUAUUUUAUUAAUUUAUUAUUAUUAACAAUAUUACUUCAUGUUUCACAUUCAGCUAACGUGCAUUAUAUGUAUUUGGUGUUGCAUAAAACUGAUAUCAUAUUAUGUAAGAGAACAGUAAUUAGCUGUUUAUUUGCGUUCGUAGUAAAAUACUAAAGCAUGAAAACAUUCAAUAGAACCACAGCCCAGCCUCUGGUCCUUAUCAUAAGUAAGCAAAUGUGUCAUGGUAACCAUAAUUAAACCCAGUACUAAAAUGUAGUUUUGAGGUAUGAUGAGCUAACAUAACUCUCCCAUUGAGAAAUACGGAGGGUUUAUAUUUAUGAAGCUAUAUAAAUGUAUAUGAGAACAAUGAUCAUUGAGUUGAUAAGAUCUGACAAGUAUGAAUGUUGGUCACUGCCACAUCUUUUACUGCUGAACUUGCUGAACUCAGAAAUUGAACAUUUGUUUGGUCUACAACCAAGUAUAUCAUUUUGGCCCUGAUAAUAAUUAAUUUGCUCUUAUAUUACAAAUAGUAAAAUCAUUUUUAAGAAACAGCUAUAAUCACAUGAAGUGACUUACAGAAAAGAUCAGACUGACUCAGCGAGCAAAAUUUAACAUUAGCAUAUUUCAGUGGAAAGGCUGAAUAGCAAAAGAGGUCAAGGAGCCUUUUUUUUACCUGCCAAAACCUAUCACUAAACAACAUAAUAAUAACAACUAAAUAAUCUGUACUAUAUCAUGUGAGAAUUUGGCAUUUUUUUUCCUCUUUUUUAAAACAGUUUUUAUGUUCCCGGUCAUUCUAUAAAUAAAAUGGAAGAAUAAAUAUUGUCCAAUACUUAACAAGUUUGGCAACAGAUAAGAAUGUCUCAGGGGUGAUGACCAAACAACAUAUGGUUGUUGUUUUUGUUUUUUUAACUUUGGUCACUUUCAUGUCCCUGGAGUUGAUUUUAAAUUAAAUGAACAGAUUUGAGCUUUUUCUUUAUCUUAUGAAAAAAAGUCUCAGUAAAAUUGAAUGGGAAACUUCUUACCAGGCCAUCAUCCUAUAUUUACUUUUCAAAUGCUUUUUAUGUACACGUUUUACUGUUUUAGCUUUGUUUUAUGUACACAUUUUUACUGUUUUAGCCUUGUUUCCAGACCCAGACUUUCAAUAUUUAACUAUAAAAUCCAUUGUAAAAUACAAAUGAUAUUGAUGAUAUUGUUAGCAGACAAAUAAAACAAACUGAUGGGAGAGUGAAAAUGUUUUAAUGAGACUUUACAUUCCAGAAGUCCACAAUGGUAAAAGUGCCUGAAGUUGAAGAAAUACCACCAAUAUAUGCAAUCUGUAACAAAACACACAGUUUUGAAUUUUGGUAACACUGUUACACUGGAGAAUAAUUUCUAUAUGAACUUUAUUUGAGGUUUCACGAUAUUAAUCGAGAAUGAUGAAAAUGAGAAAUUAUGUUUCAUUUUUUUGACUUCAAAUAAUUGUUUGGAUAAACAUUCAUGUUUUUAA